CUAAAGUGAGGGGUUAUAAAGCUAACGUGGAAAAAUUAAAACGUGAUUUGAGGGCUGCUAGGUCAAGAAUCACGGGAACUUCAGAUCGAGAUGAAUUGCUUGCUGGAGGCAUUGGCACCGACCUUGACAGUGAGUCAAUGAGCCAACGUUCCAAACUUUUAAGUGGAACCGAAAGACUUGCUGAUAGCAGUAGACGUCUACAAGAUAGUCAUAGGAUUGCUUUGGAGACCGAAACUAUUGGAUCUAAUGUUUUGGAAGAUAUUCGUAGACAAAGAGAACAAAUUUUGCAUACCAGGAACACUUUGAUGGAGGCCGACUCAUACAUUGAUAAGGCUCAGCGCACUCUCAAUAAUAUGGGCCGCCG